GUAUACACAUCUGGAACGGCCUCCCAGAAAACGUUGUGACCGCACCUGUCUUAACUAGCUUUAAGAGGGCCUUGGCCGAUGCGAUUCGUGACGAACUGUACCAGCCUUCGGAGUAGUUGAUGAUGAGCAACUUCGUGUCAAAUAUUCUUGAUUCGCAUGUAUUUUUUCGUAUGAGCUAUUUAUGUGGAUGCUAUAACUCCAGUUGCUAUCUAACCCCUCUUUACUCGUGAAUUCUUAUCUCAACUGGCGCAUCCUUUGAUCCUGGGUUCCCUUGCCUUGACUAUCCUUAGGGCUGUCAGGCUUGGUGAACCCUACCAGGUGAGAAUACCAGACCUCUGACGAGUAUAGGAGGAACUACAGCUUUGAUCAGCGCCCACCAGGUGUCAGUAAAGUGGCAGUGAUGGCGUCCGGCAGCACCUCGGGCACCAGCCAGUCGGCGGUCGCCUUUCGCCGCUGGGAGAUGGACAAUAGCAUGCAGAUCGUCAAUGCAGUCGACGAGGUGUACCGGUUCGACCAGAAGCAGCAGCAGGAUAUUCUCACGGCUAAACCCUGGGAGAAGGAUCCGCACUUCUUCAAGGAGAUCAAGAUUUCAGCGCUGGCCCUGCUGAAAAUGGUGAUGCACGCUCGCUCGGGAGGCACGCUGGAAGUAAUGGGCAUGCUCAUCGGAAAGGUGGACGGUAACAUCAUGAUGGUGAUGGACUCGUACGCUCUGCCCGUGGAGGGCACAGAGACCCGUGUGAACGCGCAGGCUCAGGCCUACGAGUACAUGGCGACCUAUAUGGAGCGGGCCAAACAGGUGGGCCGACUGGAGAACGCCAUCGGCUGGUACCACUCCCACCCCGGCUACGGCUGCUGGCUAUCCGGAAUCGACGUCUCCACGCAGAUGCUCAACCAAAACUUCCAGGAGCCGUUUGUGGCUAUUGUCAUCGACCCUGUGCGGACCAUCUCAGCUGGAAAGGUCAACCUGGGCGCAUUCCGGACGUACCCUAAGGGCUACAAGCCGGCUGACGAGGAGCCAUCCGAGUACCAGACCAUUCCUCUGGAGAAGAUCGAGGACUUUGGCGUCCACUGCAAACAGUACUACUCCCUGGACGUGUCCUACUUCAAGUCGGACCUGGACCGGCGGCUGCUUGACUCGCUGUGGAACAAGUACUGGGUGAACACACUCAGCUCAUCAAAUCUGAUCACGAACGCCGAGUACACGACCAACCAGAUACGCGACCUGUCCAGCAAGCUGGAGGUGGCGGAGAACUCGUGCACCAGAGCCUCCUACACCGGACCCGUGGCGCCAGAUGUGGAUAAGCCGAUGGAAGACAAGCUGCUGAAGGCGCAUAAAGACACAGAGCGUACAACUAUUGAGGUCAUCCACGGCCUGAUGGCACAGGUCAUCAAGGAGCGCGUCUUCAAUCAGGUGUCGCCGCCCACCGUGCAGUGACUGCUCAGUGACCGCGCAGUGAACGUGCAGUGAACGUGCAGUGAACGCAGUGACCGCGCAGUGACUGGAGUGAACAGUGAGUGAACUGGAUUCGCAGUGACAUGGCUAACCGCCCAGUGACCGAACCGAGCAGUGACACUGUAGUGAUGACACUAACUGUGCAGUGAGUGGUCCGCGGGUGGUUUUGCUGCGAUGUCCUCUGAGAGCACUGUGAUGAACGGUAGUCUGAACUUGCUGAAGUUCCCAGCUGAACCUGCCGAAGCGGUGGAUGAACGAAGUCCCGUGUUGCGACCGAGCACUGCACAGUGACCCGUCGCUCGGUCUCUCGUCUGUGUCAUUGGCGACGGGCCACCGUCUCAUUGUUUGUGCUCUGUGCUCCGUUUUCCGUAUCUCAUUUCUAUACACACAUGCAGCGAGUG